CGUAGGAGGUUGCGUGCGUAGAAGAAAAGAAAAGAAAAUUAAAUUGUUGGAAACGAAGAUGUUUGGAGGAGGAGGAGGAGAGCAGGCGGGGCCUGGGCGGGAGUUGAGAGCAGCAGACCCAGCGGCGAAUAAGAGGGAGUUUGUUGUGAAUGUCGAGUCAUCUUGCUCUGUUUCUCAUAAUUCCGAUAGCCACUUCCUUCCUCCUCGCAACAGCGCCUUCUUCAUUCCACCACCACCACUUACUACUACCACUACUCAGCCCAAGGAGAGAGGAAGAUGGGAGACAGUGGUGCUAGCAUACAAGACACUUGGAGUUGUCUUUGGAGGGCUUGUGACAUCACCAUUAUAUGUAUACCCAUCAAUGCCAUUGAAGUCUCCUACUGAACAGGACUACUUGGGAAUCUAUAGCAUCAUGUUUUGGACUCUCACACUCAUUGGGGUUGUUAAAUAUACCAUUAUAGCUCUCAAGGCCGAUGAUCAGGGCGAAGGUGGAACACUUGCUUUGUACUCAUUGCUCUGCAGGAAUAUGAAUAUUGGUAUCCUUUCCUCCAAACAAGUACAGACAAACUCAAGUUUCUCGCACUCUGUCUUGCAUGAAGGCACUGAGAAUAAAAGUAGGCUUGGAAUUUUUUUUGAAAGAAGCAUAGUUGCCAGAAGGGCACUACUUUUCAUUGCUAUGUUAGGCACAUGCAUGCUGAUUGGGGAUGGUAUACUUACACCUGCAAUCUCAGUGUUGUCGGCUAUGGAGGGUAUAAGAGCACCUUUUCCCUCUGUCAGCAAAUCUUCAGUGGAAGCACUUUCUGCAGUGGUUCUAGUUGUUCUUUUUCUGCUUCAAAAGUUUGGCACUUCUAGAGUGAGUUUUAUGUUUUCCCCAAUAAUGGGUGCGUGGACCUUGUGUACUCCAUUAGUAGGGAUUUAUAGCAUCAUUCAGCAUUAUCCUAGCAUAUUCAAGGCUUUGUCUCCUCACUACAUAUUCCAUUUCUUUUGGAGAAAUGGAAAGGAAGGAUGGCUGUUGCUUGGUGGAACUGUUCUCUGUAUCACAGGUUCUGAAGCACUUUUUGCUGAUCUUGGUCAUUUUAACAGAAGCUCAAUUCAGAUUGCCUUUUUGCUUGCAAUAUAUCCAUCUCUUGUUCUGUCGUAUGCGGGGCAAACUGCAUACCUUAUCAAGAACCCAAAUGAUCAUGAUGAUGGAUUUUACAAGUUUAUACCUACAGCGAUUUACUGGCCAAUCUUUAUCAUAGCCACGCUAGCUGCUGUUGUUGCAAGCCAGUCUCUGAUAUCAGCCACCUUCUCGGUCAUCAAGCAAUCAGUUGUACUGGAUUAUUUUCCUCGUGUUAAGGUGGUGCAUACAUCUUCUAACAAAGAGGGUGAAGUCUACUCCCCAGAAGUCAAUUACAUCCUCAUGAUUCUUUGUGUUGCAGUGAUACUUAUUUUUGGAGAUGGAAAAGAUAUCGGGAAUGCUUUUGGUGUUGUUGUUAGUCUAGUAAUGCUCAUCACCACAAUAUUACUGACGUUAGUUAUGAUCAUGAUAUGGAGAACUCCACCAUGGCUGGUUGCAAUUUACUUCUUCAUAUUUUUUACAAUGGAAGGGGUUUAUGCCAGUGCUGUUUUGAGUAAAAUACCUGAGGGUGGAUGGAUUCCUUUUGCCAUAUCUUUUAUCCUUGCUUUCAUUAUGUUUGGCUGGUUUUAUGGAAGGCAGAAGAAGAUAGAGUAUGAACUGACUCACAAGAUAGACUUGGGAAGACUUGAAUUGCUAUUAUCCGAGCCAGGUAUCCAGAGGGUUCCAGGAUUGUGCUUCUUUUACAGCAAUAUUCAAGAUGGCCUGACGCCUAUCCUUGGACAUUAUAUUAAAAACAUGAAAUCACUACACAAAGUCACUAUUUUCACAACACUUCGAUAUUUGUUGGUGCCUAAGGUUGCUGCACAUGAGAGGAUCGUUGUCAACAAACUUGGUCUCGAAGGAAUUUAUGGAUGCGUGAUUCAAUAUGGCUAUGCAGAUUCCCUAAAUCUCGAAGGAGAUGACAUUGUGAGUCAAGUUACUGAUAGUUUGCAGGUGUAUCUACAGAACUGCUCUAGCUGUUUAACAUCUGAACAUCACGAGGUUCAGGAAGAGAUUUCUGCUUUUAAAGAAGCAAAGCUGGCCGGAGUGGUUCACAUUCGAGGGAAGACGAGGUUUUAUAUAGGCAAGAACUGUAGCUGGUUUGAAAGAAGCAUGCUUGCAUUUUAUGAAUUCAUGCACAGUAACUGCAGGUCUGCACUGCCAGCCCUUGGGGUGCUGCCACCACACCGUAUCGAGGUUGGAAUGCUUUAUGAAGCCUGAACAGAUAAUUAAUUAUUACUUUCAGCUUUAUUUUUUUAUUUGUUAGAGCAAUAUAUAUAGACACACACAGAGAGCAAUAUAUGAGGAAAAUCAUUGGAAGUGCAUCAUGGUAUUUUGAGACAAGAAAAGCCCAGUAUGGCUCAUGUUAAUGCUCUAUUUUGUAAGCUGUCUGAAAAUCGAAUGAAUAAAUAGAUAUCGAGAGAUUUUCGGAUAAAAUUCUCAGUGUCAUUUGUUGACAAAACGUGUAGGACUUUCAAUGAUCAACGAGGUUGCUUA